AUGAACGAAGAGAUUAUGAAGCUACAAGACGAAUUAGAAGAAAUAAGUCACAGCUUAUCGCAACAAGAUAUAUCCGAAGUUAUUGAUAAUGAAAGACGAAUAUGUUUUAUUUGCUGCAAUUCUUAUACAAAGCCAGAAUUUCAUUUAGGAUCUGCUCCAAUUAACGAUUCAAUCACGGUCGCAUUACUACAUCAUGCCAAAGGUUAUAAAAAUAUUCAUCUACUCAAUCCAAGCCCACAAAAAUUCAUGUCAAUUUUUGAUAAACUCUUACAAAUGAAAUUAGAAAAGCUUACGAUAUUUUAUUGCGGUCAUGGAAGUAAAAUUGGCAAUGAAAGUGUCCUCAUUUUCGAUAAUGGCUGCAUAAAAGGUUCCCAAAUUCUGGAUCAUUUCCGUGCUUACAGCCUUGAUUCAUGCCAAAAAACAAUUAUUGCUGAUUGCUGCAACGCUGAGUCAAUUUGGGCCGGCGAAAAUCUUCCAAAAAAUACAAUAAUUUUGUGUUCUUCUAUUGGUGAUACACCUUCCAAACAAGCUAAAGUUUUUGGAAGAGAUCAUGGACUAUUUACACUAUUCUUUUGGAGAGCUUUCCGCAAGAAUCCAAAUUUCUCCAUCAAAGAAAUUGUUCAAAAUGUAAAUACUUAUUUGGCAAAGUUUGACCAGAAGAUCAUGUGCACAUCUACACCGUCAAACCUUGUCGACUUUUCCAUGUUCGAUGGAAAGAAGCGAAUUAUUAACAAUGCAUAA